GCAAGAGCCAGUGCAGAUUACGCAUUAGCUUCUCUUACAGAUUUCCUUCACAUCCAUUUCCAUGGCUACUUCAAUCAUCAUUAGCUCCUCGCUAAUGGUCUUAGCUCUACUCAUGGCAUUGGCUACUGUUGCUCCUCAGGCUGAAGCCAGGGCAUUUUUUGUGUUUGGAGAUUCACUAGUUGACAAUGGUAACAAUAAUUACUUAGCCACCUCGGCACGAGCAGACUCGCCGCCUUAUGGUAUUGAUUUUCCGACACAUCGACCCACCGGCCGCUUCUCCAAUGGCCUUAAUAUCCCUGACUUCAUCAGUAGAGAAAUUGGGUCAGAGUUCCUGUUGCCGUACUUGAGUUCACAGCUCACCGGAAAUAAGCUACUUGUUGGUGCCAAUUUUGCUUCUGCUGGAAUUGGAAUCCUCAAUGACACUGGAGUUCAGUUUGCAAACAUAAUUAGAAUGUUUCAACAAUUUGAGUUCUUCAAGGAAUAUCAAAGGCGUGUGACUGCUCUAAUUGGAGCUCAGCGAACAAAGCAACUUGUUAAUGGAGCACUUGUCCUCAUCACUGUGGGUGGCAAUGAUUUUGUUAAUAACUACUACUUGGUGCCUUACUCUGUAAGGUCUCGCCAAUAUAAUCUGCCAGAUUAUGUCAAAUUUCUUAUCUCUGAGUACAAAAAGCUUCUCAUGAAACUAUAUGAUUUAGGAGCCCGAAGGGUUCUUGUGACAGGGACAGGUCCACUGGGUUGUGUCCCAGCAGAGUUGGCAUUGAGAAGCAGAAACGGGCAGUGCUCAGAUGAGCUGCAACGAGCUGCGUCCUUGUUCAAUCCUCAACUCACUCAAAUGCUUGGACAACUCAAUAGCCAAUAUGGUUCUCACAUCUUCAUUGCUGCUAAUACUGGCAGAAUGACUGCUGAUUUUGUUACCAAUCCUGGAGCUUUUGGAUUUGUUACAUCAAAGAUAGCUUGCUGUGGGCAAGGACCUUAUAAUGGUUUAGGAUUAUGCACACCAGCUUCAAAUUUAUGCUCUAACAGAAAUUUAUAUGCAUUUUGGGAUCCAUUCCAUCCAUCAGAAAAGGCCAACAGAUACAUUGUUCAACAGAUUCUUAAAGGCACAACUGAGUACAUGAACCCCAUGAAUCUCAGCACCAUUUUGGCCUUGGAUUCCAGGACUUAGUUAAUUAGUCACCUUCUCUUUCAGAACUCUAAGUUUGAUCUCGUAUGAAAUUAAGUUUAAUAAAUGUUGCAUCAAAUAUUCAUAAUUAGAUUUGUGUAGUCACUAUUAUGUUUUAAGUAAUAAUGCAUAUAUCUUCAUAUAAAUGUUUAAUA